CAUUUCUUACAAUAUUAGAUUAAGGUGGAGCCAGCCAGACCAGACUGAGGUCUUCCUCCCCAUGGGUUUGCACGCAGCAUUUCGAAGACAUGGGGAGAUUUGCUCACAGCACCCAUGGGAGGUGAUCAUGGUCCUUGUGACUGCAACUCUUAGCAUGAUGUUUGCUGCAGAGUCAGAGCAAAAUGCUAGGUUCCCUGAGACAGCUUUGGAAUAUGCUGGAGCUGAUGCUGUGAUCAUGACUGCUAUUCGCUGUGUUGCUGUUCUUUACUCCUAUCAGCAAUAUAGGACCAUUCAAAAAUCAGGUUCCAAAUAUCUACUUGGUAUUGCAGGUGUAUUCACAAUUUUCAGUAGCUUUAUGUUCUCAACCACUGUGAUCAAAAUGGGAGGAGGUCACUUCUCAUCUCUGAAGGAUGCUGUGUUCAUAUUUCUUCUCUUGAUGGAUCUGACUAAGGUUAAUCUCCUUGCUCAAUAUGUUUUGAUGAGUGAGACUCCAUCCCAAGUAAAAAAACAUAUUUCAUCUGGAAUGGCUACUCUGGGUCCUGCUGUGACACUGGACACUCUGGUUGAAGCACUUGUCAUAAGUGUCGGAACCCUUUCAGGAAUUGGUCGCCUGAGAUCCCUUUGCUUGUACUCAGUCCUUGCCGUUAUCACAAGGUCUCUGGUUCUUCUCACAUUCUACCCAGCACUCCUCUCUCUCUUUCUUGAAUUGACACAAUAUCAAGAGACUCCUAAAGGACAGGAGUUGACUAAAGUCCUGCAGACCUUUGGUGGAGAUGAAGGAAAUCGUAAGGGAAAUCCUGUCCUCCAACGAGUGAAGAUCAUCAUGUCUGCUGGGAUCAUUGCUGUCCACCUCCAUAGGAGGAUGAUUCUGAGUGAUGACAGUGAUGUGAUAUUUAGUGAUCUGAAGCUUCAGCUCCUCCAUGAUGUUCAUCCUCAGCCCAUCCAUCCAGUCUUCAGGUGGUUUAAUGCCAAUGCAGAUUCCCUAAUGCUCUUGGUCAUUCUUCUCACACUGAUUGGCAAGUUUCUGCUAGAGAAACGAAAUUUUUCUCCUUCUGAGAUAUCAGCUGUCUUCCUGCCACCACCAGUGAGGGAUGAGAGGAGGACAAGAGUGACCUUCAAGAUUGGGGAUGAUUUUCCUGAAGAUGCUGCUACUCAGACUGAAGACGUCAAUGAUGACUCUCCAAAAGAGACUCUCUGCGUGCAGUGCACCCGUAGACAAGAAUCAAUAAAGAAAUUCUCAUCUUCCUGCCUUUUGGGGGUCAACAGCCAGCACAGUCUUCCGGGAGGGGAAGAAGUGAUGUCAGAUGGAGAGGUGCUUUCCCUGCUGGAGAAACAGAAGUUGUCAACAUAUCGGCUGGAAUCUAUUCUUGGAGAUCCUGCAAGGGCUGUUGCCAUUCGCCGCCUCUUCUUGUCUCGUCAGAUAAAGGCCAUUGCAAAUCUUCCUUACCUGGACAUGGAUUAUACACUUGUGGCUGGAGCAUGUUGCGAGAAUGUGGUUGGAUACUGCCAAAUCCCCAUGGGCCUGGCAGGGCCUCUUCUUCUUAAUGGGAAAACUCAUAUGGUUCCUAUGGCAACCACUGAGGGUUGCCUGGUUGCCAGCACCAAUCGUGGCUGCCGAGCCCUAUUCUUGGGUGGGGGAGCAUCCUGUUUUAUUGUUGGUGAUGGAAUGACCCGUGGGCCUGUGCUUCGAUUCCCAUCUGCUGCCCUGGCUGUAGAUGCCCAGAGAUGGCUGGAAAAUAAGGAAAACUUUGAGAUGUUGAAGGAGUGCUUUGAUGAGACAUCUCGCUUCGCUCGCCUCAACAGGCUCCUCAUUCGGGUAGCUGGUCGGCUACUCUUUGUUCGAUUCCAUGCCUCCACCGGAGAUGCCAUGGGCAUGAACAUGCUUUCCAAGGGCACAGAGAUAGCUCUGAAGAGGAUGUUAGAUGCCUUCCCCCAGAUGGAAAUUCUUGGUUUGAGUGGGAAUUUUUGUUCCGAUAAGAAACCGGCUGCCAUCAACUGGAUUGAGGGGAGGGGGAAGUCAGUGGUGUGUGAAGCCCGCAUCCCAGGUAAUGUCGUGAAAGAUGUCCUCAAGACCACCCCACAAUUCCUUAAGGAUCUCAACAUCAGCAAGAAUUUCAUUGGAUCUGCCAUGGCUGGGUCUCUUGGAGGCUUCAAUGCUCAUGCUGCCAAUAUUGUUUCCAGCAUUUUCAUUGCUACUGGACAGGAUCCAGCCCAGGUUGUGACAAGUGGAAGCUGCCUGACCCAAAUGGAAGUGAGUGGGAAUGAUCUGAUUGCAUCUGUGACCUUGCCUUCAUUGGAGGUGGGGACUGUGGGAGGGGGAACAAUCCUUCCAUCUCAGCGUGCAGCUCUGGGCAUUAUGGGCAUUCCCCUUGGGAGUGAGAGAAGCGAGGAGGAUAUGGAGGGAAGUAGUAGCGGACUGUUGGGGAUGGUGAUAGCUGGGACGGUGCUGGCCGGGGAACUCUCCCUCAUGGCCGCCCUCUCCGUCGGCCACCUUGUCCAGUCUCAUCUCAAGCACAACAGGUAA